CUUGUGACCAAAAUGGCGGACGGAGGAAAAGUAAAUCUUGCAAAGAAAAUGUCAAGUUUUUAUCGAAUAACAUCAUUCCUGGUCAUCAUAUUAUCUAUAUCUAAUGCAAGAAAGUUAUCUGAUAUCCAAUUUAAUCCAGGCUGUAAGUUGCCAGAAUGCUCAAAAGACGUUAGAAAUACAUCCCACAUAAAUGUAGCUUACAUACAAGCCAAAGGGCCUAAAGACACUCUACAUUAUGUCAUGAGCUCAGUCGGUAGCACAAGUGUAUUAGUUGCCAUGACAACAGACAUUAAAGCAACAUUAAAUAUAAGAUGGGCCGAUUUCUUAUCAGGCAAUAUGACAAGAAUAAAAAAUUCUAUUAACUUUACAAGUGCAGUUGAAUAUGCUUAUGCAGUUAGUCUGAACAGGGUUUUAGAAUACAAUGAUUUUAAAGAUGUCGCCAGAAUGACAGAAUACUCAGCUAUGAAUGAAUCAUACUGGCGGAAAUUCCCUACGAGCGCGUUUAAUUGGAAUGAUUCUGCAUUGACCUCUGACAGUGAUCACAACACUGUUGUAUUUCAAACUCGCAUGCAGGAUCACUCUAAUUCAACCAAGAUGAACUCUUCCUCGCCAGUCUUCAUGGGCAAUGGAUCAUUGGCUUUAAAGUUCCAAGUGUUUAAUGAUAGCAGUCGUAACCCAAUGUUGCCACAUUUGGCCCACACAAACAACUCUUGCCAGCUGGACCUGGUCCUUUUCAACAUAUCAUCAGCCUUUAAGAGUGCAAGGUAUGCAGUAGAACUGUCUCUUGUCACCACUGAUAAAGCAUCCACUCCCAUGUCAUUGAAGGAAGACACAUCUAUAGAUGAUGAAUACACACCUGGGGUGUUCAAGAUUGAUGACUGGGUAGUUGGCAAUGGUGAACAUCAGACUUACAUCCAGUGGAAGCCAGUCAGCUAUCUAUCAGACCCAGCAUCAAUGAAGGCUUCGACAUUGGCACGUAACUAUGGUCUUCAGAAUAUGGCCAAGACUCCACAGGCAGAUAUCCUCUAUGCUUAUUUUGGUGACAAGUUGGUAAAUGGGCAGCUAGCUGCAAGGUCGGCAAAUGUGUCAUUUGGUUUGUCUAUGGAUAAGUUCUAUGUCAAACAGAACUACACUUCAUGGAGUGCUACCAUUGGUUACGGGCCCCCUCCAGCAGAUACUUUAUCCCUAUUGGUCAUCAUUAUCAUUGCUGUUGGGAUAGGAGUACCUGUCUUGCUGAUUAUGGGUGGCUGUAUCUUCCUGUGUGUGCGUAAACGUAAAGACCAGAAUGACUAUAAACCUUUGAAUGCGGACUAUAACACAGAAUGUACUGUAUCGUACUGUAGUUGCGUAGCUGGCUAA